CGCCCAGCCCGCGCGGUCGCCCUCGGAGUCAGGCCAGCCUCUGGGGCAGCGGCCUGCAGCCCGCGUCCGCCCGCGCCCUCCCGCCCGGCCCGGCCAUGGCGCUGCGCCGCCUCCUGCUACCGCCUCUGCUACUGUCGCUGCUGCUGUCGCUCUCGUCCCUGCACCUGCCGCCCGGCGCAGACGCUGCCCGCGGCCGCGCUGCUAACCGGACCCUAGGCGCGGGAGCCGUCGGGGGUCGACGUUCCGGAGGCGCCCUAGCCCGCGGUGGCCGCGAGCUGAACAGCACCGCCCGGGCGUCUGGCGUCCCGGAGGCGGGCAGCCGGCGGGGACAGUCCGCGGCAGCGGCGGCUGCGGCCAGCGCGGCCGUCACUUACGAGACGUGCUGGGGCUACUACGACGUGAGCGGCCAGUAUGACAAGGAGUUCGAGUGUAACAACAGCGAGAGCGGCUACCUGUACUGCUGCGGCACCUGCUACUAUCGCUUCUGCUGCAAGAAGCGCCACGAGAAGCUGGACCAGCGCCAGUGUACCAACUACCAAAGCCCGGUAUGGGUGCAGACGCCCAGCACCAAGGUGGUGUCGCCGGGGCCCGAGAACAAGUACGACCCGGAGAAGGACAAGACCAACUUCACCGUCUACAUCACCUGCGGGGUGAUCGCCUUUGUCAUCGUAGCGGGCGUCUUUGCCAAGGUCUCCUAUGACAAGGCCCACCGCCCCCCGCGAGAGAUGAACAUCCACAGGGCUCUGGCUGACAUACUAAGACAACAGGGACCAAUCCCCAUAGCACACUGUGAAAGAGAAACCAUCUCGGCCAUCGAUACCUCUCCCAAAGAGAACACACCGGUCCGAUCAACCUCGAAAAACCACUACACCCCUGUGCGCACGGCUAAGCAGACUCCAGGGCAUUAUGGGAAGGAUGCUUACCGAAGUGGAGGACCAGAUCUCCAUAACUUCAUCUCAUCUGGAUUUGUCACGUUAGGAAGAGGACACACGAAGGGUGAUCGUCAGUUUAACCAUCCGAUCUUAAGCAGUGCUACCCAGACCCCUACGCACGAGAAGCCACGGAUGAACAACAUCCUGACGUCGGCCACCGAACCCUAUGAUCUCUCCUUCUCACGUUCUUUCCAGAACUUAGCCCACUUGCCUCCGUCAUAUGAAUCUGCCGUGAAGACCAAUCCAAGCAAGUACUCGUCUCUCAAGAGGCUAACUGACAAGGAAGCUGAUGAGUAUUACAUGAGGCGGAGGCACCUUCCAGACCUCGCAGCCCGUGGCACCCUCCCCCUCAACGUCAUCCAGAUGUCUCAACAGAAGCCGCUGCCUAGAGAACGGCCACGUAGGCCCAUCAGGGCCAUGUCCCAGGACAGGGUCCUGUCCCCACGGCGGGGCUUGCCUGAUGAAUUUGGCAUGCCCUAUGAUCGAAUCUUGUCUGAUGAACAGCUGCUCUCGACAGAGCGCCUGCACUCCCAGGACCCGUUGCUGUCCCCAGAGCGGACGGCCUUCCCAGAGCAAUCGCUGUCGCGGGCCAUCUCGCACACGGACGUCUUUGUGUCCACGCCAGUGCUGGACCGCUACCGUAUGACCAAGAUGCACUCCCAUCCCAGUGCCUCCAAUAACUCCUAUGCCACCCUGGGCCAGAGCCAGACGGCAGCCAAGCGCCAUGCCUUUGCCUCCCGCAGACACAACACGGUGGAGCAACUGCACUAUAUCCCGGGCCAUCACACCUGCUACACAGCCAGCAAGACCGAAGUGACCGUGUGACCGGCAGCGUGGCCGGGCUGCUUGGCAGAGCGAGGGCAGGACAGAGCAGAGCAGGGCAGGGAUGAGGAGCACAGAGUCCAGCCUUGCUCUCCUCCCUUCCCCUCCCCAGUUUCCCCUAUUGGAACUGGAGGUGGGCUGCCUUUGUCCAGAAAGCCAUACCCCUAGGGACAUGGCGCCAAAUGCCUGGUCCAACAAGCACAGACCCAGGCUACAGAGCUCUUUCUCUCCCAGUAGAACCCUCCCCCAAGCGAAUGAGAAGAGUGGUAAGGCUCCAGUCUUUCCUACCACCUGCGCCACUCCUUCAGUCCCCGCCCCCGCCCUCACCCCUUCCAGGAGACCCAACCGAAGGUUCUCCCAGCCAGUGGACCCUCCCCGUGAAGGUAAUCCGAAGCUGCCUGAGUUUGAACAGCCAGCCGGCCAGCCAGCGGGUGCAGUCAGUGGGCUGACCGAAUAGACUACUCGGUCUCCUUCCUGUAUCUAGAACCGCAUCACAGAAAUCUCUUAGUGCCUAAAAACUGCCUGCUCGCUCUCAGCCAGAGAGCUGCUGUGUUCAUAAGCACAAAAUGAUUCUCUUCUGCCUGCUGGAACUCUGGUCUCUACCGAGCGGCCCCUCCCUCGCUGAGCCCUGCAGCCCCCAAAACAGGAAGGGUCCUCUUCCUUUAGCUGCUUGGUUGCCCCUGCCUCUGUACUGUGGGGGCUGUGCUCUCCCAGCCUUCACUGUUUCUCCUCAAACCUCCCUGGGGCUUUAGCUCUUGCCCCCCAGAGAGGAGUAGCGAUGGGUUGCCAGGACUUUAGAAGUGCCUUGGCAGCCAUCGGAUCGUCUCCCCACUCCCUCCAGGCCACUGGGUCUGAACUAGGACCUCCUCUCAGGCCUGCCUUCCUUCACCCGAGCUCUGCUCCCAGGAGGCCCCUGCAGUAGGCAGAGAGCUAGGGUGGGGAGGGCCACUGUGAUGCCCAGGAUCUCAGGGGCUCACCAUUCCCAUUUUCUAGGGCUCUGUCUGUCCCCACCCAUGAGCCUCAGGCAGGAUGGAGGAAGAAGUUUCCAGACAGAAGAAGCUUAGCCCUUGAACAGGCAGGAGCUCUCUGACGUGGUCAUGCCGGAUCCUGUGCACGCCUUUCCACCAUUUUGGCCCACUCCACAGCCUUUUUCUGUUUAGAACUCAUUCUCUCUUCCUGUGUUCCCUCUCCCACCUACCUCCCCACCUCACCCCCUGCAGCUCUGUUACUUUCCUCAAACCAGUGGAUCCAAGGAAUCAAGACCCAUUGACAGAUGCAAAUGAAUAAUGGUGUCCCGGGAUGUUGUUCUGGGGCCACAUCAACCCCUCCUCCUUGUAGGGGCACUUGGGCACAUGGUAGGGGCACCUGGCAGCUCCACUGCCAGCCCACCUCAGCCCCCUCUUUGCCUCUAAUCUGAAGGUGGACAAUGUGUGACCAACUACUGGGAAACUAUAAAUGAGAGCAACCCCGCUCCCCCAAGAUUAGGAGGAAUCCGCCCCCCCCCCAAAGGGCCAGGGUAUCUUUCUGGUCUGGGACUGGGGAGAAUCGGCCCAAGACCCCUUAGGUGGAGUGACCUAAGAAACGGAACUAUCACUUACCGGACUCCAACAACAAUGUCCUAAAGUCAGAUUUUAUGUGCCCUCAGUUCUGCAUGGAUAUGGCCCUUAAAAAGCAAGGUGGUAAGAAAUUUGUAUCUGUCCUGGUCAUUUUUAAUCUAGCCAAGUCUACUUCUUCUUCAUGAAGAAGUCCGUGGGCUGCUUCCCCUCGCUGCUUUGAAGAGCUGCAAGCUCUCCUAUACCCUUCUUCAGAACCCAGAAGGAUGGAAGCUGGAGUUUCCAAAGGCAGGCCUUAGCCUCCCCACUGCCUGGGUAUCCCUGGGACCAUGGGGCCAGGAGUUCCUUGGUCCCUGCUUUUCCUAAGGGCUGGUUCCCAUGGGUCUAUGAGUUUUGGUUGCAGAAGGUAAGGCUCAAGGGAAGAGAAGAGCUCAAUCCAAACAGAGAGUGGCUCCCUUCCAGAAGCAAAGGCAUGUCCCACUGGCUCCAGCCCAGCCCCCUGUAACUCUCUGACCCUUAGCUAACCCCUUUAAAGGCUGUGUGCUACUGGGGAGGAGAAAGGUUGAGAUUGUGGUAGGCGAGAAUCCCCUCCCAGGUGUCUGGACAUCCCCUGGAGAAUCUUCAGAUGGCUAUUUAAUUCUCUACACCUUGGGGAACAAAAUCUUACCCCAGGCUCUUUCCCCACCUUGGCGCUGGCAAAAGCGUCUGUCUGUCUGUCUAGCUUCCUCUCUGUCUGUCUGUCUGUCUGUCUGUCUGUCUGUCUGUCUCAGGGGUUGUCUUAUCAAACUUAUUAGUUGAUUUCAAAUUAUUUCUCUUCCCUGCCUUACCAUCUUCUGGUAUAAAAUACCUGGCAUCGGUUAUGUCAGAAUGCUUGCUUCUCCCAAAGGAUUUUUCUUCGGCUUCAUCCUCAAAAGGAGAGGCAUAAUAACAGAGACAGAAGUCUAUAGACUAGUCUGAUCCAGUUCCCUACUCCAAACUCCGGAAAACUGUGUCUUAACUGCAACAUGGAAAUACACGAUCCCUCCUCCAGUUUUGCAUGACUCAUUUAAAUUACCUGUAGCCAACCAUGAUCCAGAAAUAUUAACAUUUGUCUUAACUCUUUUGAGAGUCCACAAUCACACAGCAUUUAUUAUGGUAUAUUCUUAUAACUUGUCCUAUUUUUCUGUCAAUCUCUUCCUGUGCCUAAUUUACAAAUUAAACCUUAUUGUAUGUGUAUGUAUAUGAAGAAAACAUAAUACACAUAGAGAGUCUUGUACUGUGUGGUUUCAGGCACCCACACCUUGUAUCCUUCGGUGACAAGGGAAAACCACUAGAUCCCAUCAACUCACCCAUCACUCCAGAACCAGCUAGCUAUUUGGCUAUAUGAACUCACUUGAGAGUGUCUGGGGCUGGAACCCAGAUGUCACGGCUUCUAGCCCAAGCAGGCUGGUGUUCUCUGUGACACAUAGAAGGGCCAUGGCUCCCUCAUGAUAAACACUCAUAUCCCAAGCAAAGGAAACUCAAGAUUUCCCUCUGUCUGCUUUGUUUCUUCGUGCAUGUCUCCACGGCCCUGGACUAGGUGUGUCCAGGUCUUACUUGCCCCAAGUGUUCUUCCUGAAGGCUUCUUACCACCCCUAUCCUUCCAGCAUUCCUUUCUCACUUCCUCCAGUGAACUCAUGACUCCAUCUGUUCGUGAGCCACAAAAGCUUGCCAAUAAUUCCUUAACCUCCUAACUGGACUUUGAUCGUCAGAGUUCCCCCCAGUGUCUUAGGCAAUGUGUUUCCUUUAAGAAGCUCCAGUUCUUUCCCCAGCUAAAAUCUCUCCCUUUCUUUCCACUUUCACUCUUAGCCUUCUGUACCAGUUUCCUCUGGCCUUCCCCGUUUCCCUGUCCACUCAUCGACCUUCCUCCAGUCCUAGUUUCUUUCGCCUGGACCUGCCGAAGUCUCUAGUUUUGAGAAUUGGAGUUCUUGAUGUAAAGUGUGGAGGAUUCUGACAUUCUCUGAGUUCUUCAUUUGCUUCGUUGGCUUGUUACACUCACUCACGUGGGAAGUGAUACCCCAGGUGUGAAGCCAUGGGGCCCACCCCAUCCCUCUGAUCUCCGAAAGGGAAGGGAGAGAGCUGCCUGAUCAGAGGUACCAUGGCCAAAAGAUCAGCUUUGAUUCCUGCAGCUACCAGAUUCAAGAAGCUCUUGACUCAGACUGCUGCUCGUCCAGAGUCUUCUGCGCUGGCCAAAGAUCCAUCCCCUUUGAUGCCUGUAGCUCUUGCUUCUGUUCCAACACCCUUCUUCUAGUGAACAUCACAGCUUUCCCUUCAUCCAAAGACAUGACUCGUAAGUCUCCAAGGAUGGAGGAGCAGUCAUCCCAACAUCUCUGCCACCAAACUCAACCCAUUGCCUUUGGAGAGCUCUUAGCUGUCACCUGCUUCAUCUCUCAUUCCUUCCACAGAUGUCUGUGGACUGGACCCAGUAUCAUAGUUUGAAAGGGCUGCCCAUGACUUGGGCCCUAGAAGGCGCCUACUCUGAGAGGAGCCGGCACUUUAGCUCCCACACACAUCCCCCUGCCAUCCUUUCUGAAUCUGAGGAACUGUGAAAUGUUUCCAGGAGGCUUGCUGUGCUUUAACGAAGUAUUUUCAGGACGUAGGAGUUAUUUUUAUAAGUGAUGCAUUUUGAUGCUGGGUUUAACAUGAAAGACAAAUCUUUCUGAUCCCUCUCUUUGAUUUUGGAAAGUGGCAUAUGAGAGAGAGAGAGAGAAAGAGAGAGAGAGAGAGAGAGAGAGAGAGAGAGAGAGAGAGAGAGAGAGAGAGAGAGAGAGAGAGGAUUGAGGCUCCAGAAACAUGGCUUCUAGGUCUGGCUUUUGUCUCCAUCUUGCCCUGUAACUAAUGGGCAAGUCACAUUCCAGUUCAGUGCCUCAGUUUACCCACCAAUAAAAUGAGGGGUUUUGACUAGAUGAGCCCCCAAAGUUUCAUUCAGCUCUAGGGUUUUCAUUCUCCACCCUUUCCCUUUUCUACAUUCAUCCCCACUUCAACUGAGCUGCACCCAUCACACUCUGCCUGCCCUGUGGCAGCAUCCUCAGAAGCCCUAGACGGCCACCAGACUCCUCGCCAGAUGCUGGGUGGAAGGAACCAAUGGGCUCAGCCACACAUGGAUACUCUUGUUUCUGAAAGUUAAGGCCUGACGACUCAACAGGUUGCUAACUGUGUGUCUCAGAAGCCUCUCAUGUAAACAUCCCUAAACCACCUGGGUGUCUGUUGCUGCGAAAUUCUGAGUUUGGAGUUUUCGUUUUUGAUGUCCUUAUAGCUGGAGGGAGGUAACUCUGCUUUCAGAGAGGGGACAGGCUGAAAGAAAAGGGUCUAGAUGUCUGAUCUGGGCACAGAGUUCAUAUUUAAGGUCAGAUGAGAUAUUCGUUUCAUGUCUCAAAGGAGCACACUUGGCAGAGGCUCUGUGUGACAAGGGGUGCCAUUAUAUCCCAUGCCACAGCAUGCAUCCUGAAGACCACGUCAGGAUGCUGAAACUCCAUCCCAACUGGAGAGGACCAGGCAUCACCACCUGGGCUGCUGGGAGACAGGUUCUCACCCCAUCCCAGUAUCUUUGUGGCCCCUCUUUGUGAUACUGUCCUCCUCCCCAUGAAGGCUUGUGAAGCACCAAUGGAAAUUCCAAGUCCCAGUCGUCUAACCCGUCUUGUAAAUCGCAAACACAUUAACCUUCCAUCAUUCAGAAAAAUAAUGCUGUGUGUUUGCUUGACAGCCUCCCUCAUGUGGGAGGAGAAGACCCUGCUCAGCUCUGCUGCCAGCCCUCCGACGACCCUCAAAUGCCACUCCAUCAAGAGGACCCAUUCAUUUGCUUCGUAGUGGCCAAAGACAUCUCUAGUCCUGUAAACUCAACUAGACAUUUUGUAGUAAGGAAUUCUUGAAGUUCUCUAAUAAAAGGCAAUUCUUACUGUAACAUUUUUAGUUGGGGACACAAUUUCCUAAGGGGGGGAGGUUAAGGAACAUUUUUACUCGUUAGCUGGAUUUAUGGAUUCUAUGUUUAUUAUAUGGAAGCAUUAUGAAAAGUACCUUUCUAUCCAUACCUCUGCAGUUUCUCCAUCACUCACAUGGACCCUUCCCAAUGAGCAGUGCCCCCAUGACUGCUUCUGUACAAAUCUCAUCAUUCUCCUUCGCUGUCAAAGCACACCCUCCAUGUACUGUACACAGAGAUUGCUUUAGUGAGAUUUAGUCUUAAGGAUUUUUUUUCCACUUUUGUCAGUAACCAAUAUUUAUGGAUCAAAAGAAUAAAGGUGUUUCAACAUAA